GAAGCGGCUUCCAUGGAGGAAGGGAAUAAAUACAAGAUGGCUGCUCAUAUAAAACCAGGCGUCGGGCUUCUCCCUGGUGAUGGAGGAAUAGAGGCUUUAAUCUGGGUGGCCUGUAUUGUAGGUCGCUGCUGCUCGCAAGGGCGGCCGAAGAGGGGAGGGGGCCUUAGGCCGCCGCUAGGAAGAGCCGCCUGUAGUCGCCCCUUCGCUUGCGGGGCCGCGGCGUGCUUUCCUAAGGCCAGGCCGGGGUCCUGCCACCUCCUUCCUCCCCGAGCCGCGGGGGACUGUCUCCCUACUGGGCCGGGCUGUAGCUCCAUCUCUUUCCGGCUAUGGCGGUCUCCAGGCUUGAUCGCCUCUUUAUCUUAUUGGACACUGGCACGACACCGGUAACAAGGAAAGCAGCUGCCCAGCAACUUGGGGAGGUUGUAAAACUUCAUCCACAUGAAUUGAAUAAUCUCCUGGCUAAGGUAUUGGUACACUUAAGGAGUACAAACUGGGAUUCCCGCAUUGCAGCUGGACAAGCUGUGGAAGCCAUAGUAAAAAAUAUACCGGAAUGGAAUCCAACUCCACAGCCAAAGCAAGAACGAGGCUGUGAAAAUCAGGUGGAAGACACCUCUACUUCUGAUCGGUUGCGUUUUGACAAAUUUGAUAUUUGCCGACUUUUAAAGCAUGGCGCUUCUCUUCUUGGAUCUGCUGGUGCUGAAUUUGAAGUUCAGGAUGAUACAUCUGGUGAAGUAGAUCCUAAAGAAAGAAUAGCCCGACAAAGGAAACUGCUUCAAAAGAAACUUGGCCUUGAUAUGGGAGCUGCAAUUGGAAUGAGCACAGAAGAUUUGUUCAAUGAUGAGGACUUGGACUACACCCCAGCUUCAUCGAUUCUGGUACACAAACAACCUACUCUCCAAGCUGCGGAAUUGAUUGAUUCGGAAUUUCGAGCUGGAAUGAGUAGCAGACAAAAAAAUAAGGCUAAAAGAAUGGCCAAGUUGUUUGCAAAACAAAGAUCGAAAGAUGCAGUAGAGACCAAUGAAAAAAGCAAUGACAGCACUGAUGGUGAACCAGAAGAAAAAAGAAGAAAAAUUGGAAAUGUUAUCAUCAGUCAACCUGCAACUGACUCCAAACUUUUAGUUGAUAAUGUUCCAGAAGAGAGCAAUGAAUGGCCUUUGGAAAGUUUUUGUGAAGAAGUAUGUAAUGAUCUCUUUGAUCCAUCCUGGGAGAUCCGUCAUGGUGCAGGUGUUGGACUGAGAGAGGUACUCAAAGCGCAUGGGAAAAGUGGCGGUAAAAUGGGAGACAGUACUGUAGAAGAGAUGAUUCAACAACACCAAGAUUGGCUGGAAGAUCUGGCUAUCAGACUUCUUUGUGUAUUUGCUUUAGACAGAUUUGGUGAUUUUAUUUCAGAUGAAGUAGUGGCACCUGUGCGAGAAACUUGCGCUCAAACUUUGGGAGUAGUGCUGAAACAUAUGAAUGAGAGUGGAGUUCAUAAAACUGUUGCUAUCCUGCUAAAAUUACUUACACAAGAGCAGUGGGAAGUAAGGCAUGGAGGCCUUCUAGGGAUAAAGUAUGCUUUAGCAGUUCGUCAGGAUCUGAUUGAAACAUUACUACCUAAAGUCUUGCCUGCAAUCACUGAAGGACUACAAGAUUUAGAUGAUGAUGUUAGAGCUGUUGCUGCAGCAUCUCUGGUGCCAGUCGUAGAGAGCCUUGUCCACCUCCAGCCAGAGAAAGUACCUUUUAUUCUUAAUAUACUGUGGGAUGCCCUUCUAGAUUUAGAUGACCUGACAGCUUCCACAAACAGCAUCAUGACCCUUCUUUCAUCCCUUUUAACUUAUUCUCAGGUCCAAAGAUGCAGUAUUCAGCAGUCACUCACAGUUCUGGUACCACGUGUGUGGCCAUUUCUUCAUCACACAAUAUCUUCUGUCCGAAAAGCAGCAUUAGAAACUCUGUUUACUCUGUUGUCUACACAAGAUCAGACAUCUGCAACCUGGCUAACUCCCAUUUUGCAAGACAUGUUAAGGCAUAUCUUUCAGUUCUGUAUUUUGGAAAGUAACCAAGAAAUUUUAGAUUUAAUACAUAAGGUGUGGCUUGAAUUGUUGAGCAAAGCUUCUUUACAGUAUGUGGUAGCUGCUGCAUGUCCAUGGAUGGGAGCUUGGCUCUGCCUGAUGAUGCAGCCUUCUCAUUUGCCUAUUGAUUUAAAUAUGUUGCUGGAGGUGAAAGCCAAACUGAAGGAAAAGUCAGGUGGGAAGCUGCGUCCAAGUCAACCCCAGACCAAAGAAGUGGUCCAAGAAUACAUAGCUGGUGCCGAAAGCAUCAUUGAAGAUCCAGCAACUAGAGAUUUUGUUGUUAUGAGAGCUCGGAUGAUGGCUGCAAAAUUACUUGGAGCCCUCUGCUGCUGCAUCUGUGAUCCCAGCGUGAAUGCUGCUUCCCAAGAAAUCAAGCCAGGGGAAUCACUUGCCCAACUCUUGCUUUUCCACCUGAAUUCCAAGUCAGCUUUGCAGAGGUUUAGCGUUGCAUUAGUAAUCUGUGAGUGGGCUUCCUUGCAGAAGGAAAAUAAAAUAGUGGCCGAUGCUGUCGUGUCACGCUUACUUGGAGUGCUUUCUGAGCAUCUUUAUUAUGAUGAAAUUGCGGUUCCCUUCACCCGGAUGCAAAACGAAUGUAAACAACUUAUCUCUUCAUUCACCGAUGCAAACAUUGAUAUUUCCAGCAAAGUAAACUGCAGCGUUUUCACAAUAGAUCAAGCUAAUGAAUUGGUUACUACUGUUUUUAAUGAAGCUACAUCAUCUCAAAACUUAAAUCCCAAAGUUUUACAGCAAUUAGAAAGCAAGCGACAGCAGGUUCAAAUGACAGUCAUAGAAACAAACCUGGAAUGGCAAACGCUGCAGCUGAGAGUGCAUACAUUUACUGCUUGUGCUGUUGUCAAUUUGGAGCAGCUUCCAGAAAAAAUAAAUCCUGUUAUAAAACCUUUGAUGGAGGCUGUGAAGAAAGAAGAAAACACGCUAGUACAAAAUUAUUCAGCUCUAUGCAUAGCAAAAUUGCUUCAGCAAUGUAUUGCAAGAUCUCCCUGCCCCAAUUCAAAAAUCAUUAAAAAUCUUUGCACCUCGCUGUGUGUGGAUCCACAUCUUACUCCUUUAGCAUCCUGUCCAGCACAGCCACAGAGCAGCCAUGAAAACUCAAAAGGAUCUAAUUCUGAAAGAGAUGGGAUGCAUCAUACAGUCACCAAGCACAGAGGUAUAAUUACACUAUAUAGACACCAAAAAGCUGCAUUUGCCAUCACAAGCCGACGGGGUCCAACACCAAAGUCCACCAAAGCCCAAAUUGGAGAUUUGCCUGCAAGCACUAGUGGAAAUGUAACAACAGAGCUUGAUGAAGCUCAGAAACCCUACAUUGUACAGCGGAGAGGAGCAGAAUUUGCUUUAUCCACCAUAGCAAAGCAUUUUGGUGAUGAAAUGGCAGUAGGCUUGCCACAUCUUUGGGAUACCAUGGUCGGGUCCUUAAAGAACAGUAUCGAUAUAAAUAACUUUGAUCGAAAGUUACUCUUGGAAAAAGGAGAUGGACCAGCCCAGGAAUUGGUGAAUUCUCUACAAGUUUUUGAAAUAACUGCAGCUUCUAUGGAUAUUCGGCUUCACUCUCUGUUAAUACAGCACUUGCCUUACCUUUGUAUGUGCCUUCAACACCCCAGCACUGCAGUGAGGCACAUGGCUGCUCGUUGUGUGGGUGUAAUGAGCAAAAUAGCUACCGUGGAAACCAUUCAUAUUUUUCUAGAAAAGGUUCUUCCUUGGCUGGGAGCGAUAGAUGAUAGUACCAAGCAAGAAGGAGCAAUUGAAGCUCUCGGCGCUAUAAUGGAGCAAUUAGAUGUUGGAAUUAUUCCCUAUAUAGUCCUGCUUGUGGUUCCUGUUCUGGGCAGAAUGAGUGAUCAGACAGACAGUGUCCGUUUCAUGGCUACCCAAUGCUUUGCAACUCUGAUUAGAUUAAUGCCACUCGAGGUAAGUCAGACCCUUUCCUGUUGUGUUCAACUUUAUGAAGAUUUUGCCAAGUCCCGUGCCAAAUGUGAUGUCGACGAAACAGUUUCAGCAGCUUCACUCACUGAAGAGACUGAAAAACCAAAGCUUAAAGCUACAGGACACGUAUUUCAGGCAUUGCAGUAUUUAAGGAAAUUGUGCAACCAUCCAGCACUAGUUUUAACUGCUCAUCACCCGGAGCAUAAAAGGAUCACAGAGAAGCUUGGAGCAGAAAAUUCUUCUCUUCGUGACAUCCAGCAUGCACCUAAACUCUCUGCUUUAAAACAGCUAUUACUCGAUUGUGGUUUAGGAAAUGGUGGCUCUCCAGAGAGCGGUACCGAAACGAUAGUUGCCCAACAUCGAAUUCUUAUCUUCUGUCAACUGAAGAGCAUGCUGGACAUAGUAGAACAUGACCUUCUGAAGCCUCACUUGCCCUCUGUUACCUACCUGCGAUUAGAUGGCAGUAUACCAGCUGGUCAGAGACACUCAAUUGUCUCACGGUUUAACAAUGACCCAUCCAUAGAUGUGCUGUUACUUACUACUCACGUUGGUGGGCUUGGUCUUAACUUGACCGGAGCUGAUACCGUGGUAUUUGUUGAACAUGAUUGGAAUCCAAUGAAAGACCUCCAGGCAAUGGAUCGGGCACAUCGUAUUGGACAGAAACGUGUUGUUAACGUUUAUCGCUUGAUAACAAGGGGAACCUUGGAGGAAAAAAUAAUGGGUCUUCAAAAAUUCAAAAUGAAUAUUGCAAAUACAGUAAUUAGUCAAGAGAAUACCAGUCUUCAGAGCAUGGGAACAGAUCAGCUUCUUGACCUCUUCACUCUGGAUAAGGAUGGAAAAACUGAAAAAUCAGAUGGUGCCACUUCUGUUUCUGGGAAAACAACUAUGAAGUCAGUCCUUGAAAAUCUUGGAGAACUUUGGGAUCAAGAACAAUAUGAUUCUGAAUAUAGCCUGGAAAAGUUUAUGCACUCACUCAAAUAACCAUUCUUAUGGUUUUUUUGGUUUUUUUCAGCUGAUAUUCAGCAUAUUUCAAAACAUUUAUAGUGGACUUCUAGCAUCAUAUGAAAAAAGAGGAAGAAUGAUGUUCUGCAUAAAGCCAACAUAUUCUGUUGGGUUAGUUGAGUCUUAAAUACUUACAUUGUUAAAAUUCUAAAUUGCUGUUUAGCUUUGAAUUUCCAGAAUAAUUAUACAUUCUUAUAGUUUUGCAUAUGUUGCUAAGUAUUACACCUUCAUUCAAAAUAGGUUCACCAUUUCCCUUUUCCUGAACCUUCCAAAAUUUAUGCCAUUUGUUUUGAGUAUUUUGUUACUUUAAACCUAGCAUGUUUUAAUGGUACACUGUAGGAAUGUUCGGUUUAGCUAUUCAGAAUAAUUUGUUCACUUCAGGUUGUACAUUGACAUAAUAACAGCAAAGCAUACCAUUCUGGAAGACACUGAGGAUUUAAAUGAGUGUUGCAAAUGCUACAAUUCCCACCUUUAUAUAUUUAAGUAUGUGGUGCUCUUCAGUCUUCUGACAUUUUGAGAGCAGUUGACUUUUUAAUAAAAUUACUGAAAAUGGCUAAUAGGCCAUUUCUACAUCCUGUUUAGAGGGUGCUAUUUUUAUGAGUGUUUGUGGGUGUAUAUAAUGGCAAGAGCAUAGUCAGCUCAGAGAUCUAAAGUAUGCAGUCGGUUUCGAUGUUAUAUUUUUUUGUAAGAGAGAAAAUAUAUAAAUAGAGCUUUUCCAGUAGUAGUUCUUACAAAAUUAAGAAUCCAUGCUGGAAAAAUACCCAAAUGCACUAGUGCAUGAUCCUCUUAAAUAAAAAGGGUAAUGUUUUAUUUAGGGAUAUAGCUUAAAAAAAACACCCCUUAGAAAUACUUACCCUGCAUCUCAGAGAAUAAAAUGUUGAACUAAAAUCAUGUAAUACAAAUUUAAAGAUGCUAUAAUAAAGAGGAGUAAAAAUAACAGUUGUACAUUUUUUAAAAAAAAUGUAUUCUUAAAGGGAGUCAGUAGUGGCAUGUCUAUGUAUAGAUGUCCGUACCAAAUGCAUACGCCAUUUUCUAAAUAUUUUAAGACAAACUUACAUAAACUCUUUAAUAAAUAAGUAUAUGUUUAGAUGUCAUAUCUAAGGUUUGAGCAUGUGUGCACUUCAGCAUCAGAGCUUGAACAGCCGUGAGGCCUCUGAAAUGUUUAAUUGUUUUUAAACAUUUCAAGAGGAAAAGCAACCUGUUGGCUUAUGGAGCAAUAUUGUUUUUUUCAGCACUCAGAUAUGAAUGAUGAACCUGUGUCAUAUUUCAGCAGAUAUACAAACUGCCAUACUGUAACAUGAAACUAGCAUUCCUUGGGGAAAAAAACAAAAUAAAAAGCCAAAUUGGCAUUAAUUGAU